UGUCUCAUAAAAUUAGAGACUUCGUAAUUUAGUGUGCAGCAUUUCAUUCAAUAAUUGACAUACAAUACAUUCUCUUGAAUACACAUUUUGUGUUUCACGUAAAUUAGCACAUUCUGUGACGUGUACCUGCAGUGAGGAUAUCUUCGGCCUUUAAAAUGGAAGUUAUCUCAGAUAUAAAAAAGUUACGAAGCCACAGGUGUAUGUCAAACACCAGUUACAGAAGCGCCUCUGAUAAAAUGUGUUAAAACUGGUGUGUACGUAGCUCGAGAUUGAGUGACGUCGCUGCCAAGGUGUUAAUUAUUACGUUAAGCGUGAUACGCGUGAUCGGCUGUCUCUGCGGAGCUGCUGUCGGAUGUGUUAGUCGUGUGUCAUUGCGUUAUUUGAGGUAUAUGAUCAGCUGUUUGGAGUUUCCUGUCAUCGGUUUUGUUAGCUUCGUAUACCUGUUACGUCGUAUUACGUGUGUGUUUGUAUGCUGUUGUCCACUGUUUUUCGAGUUUGACUGAUCACAGUGCACUUGAUAGUACUCCAGGUGACAUCAAUGAAAUGGCAUUUAUGCUGCAAAGGAAAAAAUAUUACAAGUUUCAGGUAGAAAUAUGUGUAGAAGAACUGACUGCAGUACCUUUCAUCAACGCAGUACUGUUCGCUAAAGUGAGACUACUAAAUGGGGGAGGCUUCACCGAAACUUCUAGCAGGGAGGAAGUACGUGAACAUACUGUGCAGUGGGCUGCAAAAUUUCAGUUUGACUGUAAAAUGACAGCUAACGCAUCUACUGGCGUGCUUAACCCGUGUAUCCUUCGAAUAUCUGUUCGCAGAGAAGUGAAAGGUGGUCGCUCAUUUCAAAAGCUUGGUUUUUGUAAUGUAAAUCUUGCAGAAUUUGCAGGCUGUGGUGAAAUUGCAAGGCGGUAUCUACUGGAAGGAUAUGGUACACACCAGAGACAAGAUAAUUCAGUGCUUGGUGUUUCCAUCAAAAUGAAUUUGCUUUCAGGUGAUAUUCUGUUCAAGGUACCAUCUGCAUCAGCAAAACCCAGUCCUGUUACAAAACAAGACAACAAUGAAGCUGACAGCUGUGAAAGAGGAGCUACUCUUUCAAGUGGCCCCACAGCUAAGUCAGUAACAGGUGUAACACCAGCUAGUGGCAGCUUAUCCAGAAAAAGACUGGGAUUAACUUCAUGUGAAAUUGCUCCAAAUGUUGAGCCUGUAGUUAAAGAAGGGGACAGGCAGAUAGAGAUUGUAUCGAGCACUGAAAAUAGUGAAUACUCUACAGCUCGUCUUGAAAGUGGUCCAACAUCAAGCAGUGUGAACAAUAAUACUAACUUGCAUACUGUCAAUGGCUACAGCCAUCAUCGAUGGCACAGCAGCCCCAAGAUAUAUAGACAUGCAAGAAAUUCCAGCACUGGUUUUUGUUUCAAUGAAACUUCAGGACUUGACGAGACAUCAUCUUUAGAUAGGCGGAAGAAGGCGGAGCAUGGAAGUAUUCGUGACAGUAAUUCAGGUAGUGGAAUUGAUGCUGAUAGUUUGAUUGAUGAACUUAUUAGGUCAACCAUACAUGAUCAGCCAAAUGAAAAUGAUGAAAAUUUGGGGUUGCAACUUUUUAUAGCUAAAGAUGGUUCAACUACCCUGGGAACUCCUAAAACCAGAAGUCAGGUACUUUCAGGAAGUUUGAAAGAAGUUGUAGUGAAGUCUAAUCAAAAUUAGUCUUAAAAACUGAUAAAUGUAUUUGAACAGUGUUUCAUUAAGUGCCUUAUAAUGUGUGCAACACAUUUUCACAAAUGUGAAGUGUAUUUUUGGAAAUGUGAACCAUAUUUCAGCUUGUAGAUAUUGUCAUAUAGUUCCUUAAUGAAAAGUGAUUUCGCUGUUUUCUGCCUUUGCUGUUAUUUUGUUGAAUGUGAUUUGUACAGUUAGUACUUCCUUCCAGAAAAUGUACCAAAUUACAUUUUGUGGUUCUAAGUAAGUCUCAGUAACAGAAAAUAUUCCUGUCCUGUACUUUCCCAGCAUGAAGAAUGUUCUGGGAGAUAUGUUUUGAAGCGGAAUGAAGACAUUUAGACUUUACUGUUAAAAUGUCAGACUCUGUUUUAACAAAUAUUUAUUGUCAAAAUUCUGUGCAGUAUUAUCAAUUAUUUAUGGUCUGUUUUUAUUAAGUAACUUUUGUUACAGAAUGUUCAU